UGGUUUGUUGCUGCUGUGCUGCAGCCUGCAAUUUUGUUUGUCCACGCUUGCUAAGAUUGCUGUUGCGUCAAGGUCUCCAUGCAGGAUGGAAGGAAUAGGAAGACGCAACCCAUGUUUUCUAGGAUUUCUGCUUGGGUUCUGCUGGACCGCUUUUCCUCGCAGCAGUGCAUGUCCUAAGCACUGCGCCUGCUAUGUACCCACCGAAGUACAUUGCACAUUCCGGUAUUUCACCACCAUCCCAGCACAAAUCUCCCCAAAUGUGGAGCGCAUCAACUUAGGUUACAACAGUUUGGUUAAACUGACUGAAACAGAUUUUUCUGGCCUGGAGAAGCUGGAGUUGUUGAUGUUGCACAGUAAUCAGAUACAUACAGUUCAAGACAGGACAUUCUCUGAUUUGCGCCUGUUGCAGGUCUUGAAGAUGAGCUACAACAAAGUCAAAGUUAUUCAAGCAGACAUGUUUCAAGGUCUCGUGAGUUUGGUACGGUUGCACAUGGAUCAUAACCAAAUUGAAUUUGUAAACCCCAAAGCUUUCUAUGGCCUUACAUCACUGAAGCUAGUCCACUUGGAAGGAAAUUUGCUCAAGCAGCUUCACUCGGAUACUUUCAUCACCUUGUGCUACCUCCAGAUGUUCAAAACAUCCUCCAUAAAGCAUAUCUACUUAUCUGACAACUUGCUUUCUUCUCUGCCUCGAGACAUUUUCGUAUAUAUGUCUGAGUUAGAAAGCCUCUACCUUCAGGGGAACCCUUGGGCUUGUGACUGCGAAAUGAAAUGGUUUGGUGAGUGGGCGGAACGGCAGCCAGAUGUUGUCAAGUGCAAAAAAGACAGAGGUGUUUCUGGUGUUCUGCAAUGUCCAUUGUGUGCCAACCCUGGAAUUUUUAAAGGCAAGCAGUUAAGUGGCAUGCAACCCUCAGAUUUUAAUUGUGUAAAGCCAACUAUAGACCCAGCCUUGAAAUUGAAGAACAUCACUGCUCCUGAUGAUGGUGGCUUUACAUCAGUUUCUCCAAGAGAUUUUAUGGCUCCCAUAGGAUCCAUGGUAUUCAACAUGACGGACCAAGCUGGAACUCGAGCAAACCUGAUCUGCAAUGUGCAAAAGCCUGCAAAUAUGUCUCCAGUUACACUAAAAAAAAUUGACAACACCAGAGUACUUGAAGUAUCCUUGUCAACAUUCCUUGUGUGUAGCAUCGACCACGAGUAUAUUCAGCAGUUGUGGAGCAUCCUGGCCCUUUACAGCGACUCUCCAUUAAAACUGGAAAGGGAACUGUUAUUGACAGAAGUGCCUUACAUCAGUUAUAAGUACAAGCAAACAGAUUCCAAAAAUGAUGAGCUAUUCACUGGUGUAGAAGCUGAACUGAGAGCUGAGCCUUACUGGUUGAUGCAGGGACAAGUUUCAUUGCAGCUGGACAGGACAUCAACCACUCUCAACACUCUGCACAUCCAGUAUUUCACGAAUGCUCAAAUUGCCCUCCCGGUCAAUCUCCCAAAAUCAGAACGGCAAAACUGGGCCAUGAUCUUACGAGAAAACACCACAAUAACAGAAUACACUGUUUUAGUAGGGGGGUCUGUGGAACUGGACUGCCAAGCGCUAGGAGACCCUAUCCCUGUAACUGAGUGGGUAUUAGCAGAUGGGAGCAAGAUUAGAGCUCCAUAUAUUAGUGAAGAUAGGAGAAUCACGAUAAAAAAAUCUGGAAAACUCAUGUUGCAUGCAGCAGAUAAUUUUGACAGUGGAGUUUAUCACUGUAUAGGAACCAAUUAUGUUGAUGCUGAUGUCCUGACUGUUAGGAUUACUGUGUUAGAUCCUUAUAUAGAACACAGCCAUUUAAACGGCCCUCAGCUUUCCAUAUUUUUAGGUGACACACUUCACCUUCCCUGCCUGUCUACAGGUGCCCCAGAUGCCCCUGUUACAUGGAUCUUACCUGAGCACACGGUUCUUCACUAUUCUUCAAAAAACAAGCUUCUUUUUCACAACGGCACAUUAAAAAUACAACGAACAACAGACCGGGAUGAUGGUUACUUCAUGUGUGUCGCUGCUAAUAAGUAUGGCAUUGAUAUUUUGGUUUACCAAGUACUAGUUGAAAGGAACUUGAACAGGUCACAAAAACUCGAUAUUCAGCUAGAGGAUGAAGCAGCAGAAGGAUCUGGCAAUGAGGAGUACAAAGUUACCACCAAACCUCAAAAUCCUUCACCUGCCAGGCAAACCCAAGUAACCAGCAAGGAACUCACUAAAGAUUCAUAUAUAAAUCAGCCCACACAGAACAAAGCCAGUGCCAAUCGCAAAGAGAUUUACAGGCGCAACAAGGACAAGAUGAACAAACGGUUUAGAGGGCGCCUGAGGCAAUUUGAUCCUUCCACUAGGAGAAUUGAUCCAUUGCGCUGGGCAGCAUUUUUGGAAAAAACGAAGAAAAAGGCCACUUUUCCAAGAAAGCAAGAAAAUGCCACAGCAAAACCAACAGUAAAGGUUCUGUUGUCCUCAAAGACUUCUGAAAAUCUGGAAGAGACAUCUGGAGAUGAUAUAUUUCCAGAGGAGGGAUUUAUUCUGCUAGCGACUAAAAGACCUGCGAUGUCCACUCUAAGAGAAGCCUCUGGAAAUGUAGUGACAGCAGAAUUUGGAAGCAUGUCAAAUGAUUUCCGUUCUUUGGCAACAUCCAGCACAGUUACAGAAACCACAGCUCCGGUAACCAGCUCAGUGGUUAUGCAUUACAAGACACCCAAGAAUCAGAAGUUACUUGCAGAACUUAAACUUGAAGAAACUUCUCUCAAAGCAUCUCAAACACUAUCUACCAACAUGCAGCCAUCAACAAUACCAUCUUAUAGUCCACCAAGUACUUCUACAGAAGCUUUAAGUACUUUUCAGAGCUCAAUAUCAUCUGGGAGAAAUAAUUUGCCUCUAAAAGCCACACCAACAAUUACACCAGCAAUGAACAUUGCCAAGAGUACCCUGUCUGCAACUACCCACAAAAAUACUGAAAAACCUGAUUUAUUUACAGAGGCAACUGAGAAAGUAUCCAAGAAAUCAAAUCAUCAGGUGUCUCUAGUGACAGCCAAUGUUCCUGAUGAUGAUGUAUUUAGGCAUAUGUAUGCAUACAGUACACAAAAAAUAGUGCCUUGGUUACCUUCAAGCUCAACCAUUGUCACUCACCAGCAGAUUAAGGUGGUUGGGGGUGCUACAACUCACAACCCACCAAUCCCCCCCAGGCAGUAUAGCAGACGAAGAAAAAUCUCUAGUAGAAGACGAAUAAUUAGACCUGGCCGUAUUUCCAACAUUUCAGGUCGUAGAUUUGCUUUCGGUAAAUCACGCUUUGCUCAGGCAAGUACAAUUCUACCUCCUCCUGUAGAAGUGAGCACACCUGCCUUAUCUCCUCCCAACAAAUCUCUUGAACAGACUGUCUCUCAAGCCCCUGUUUCCACUUCAUUUAAAACUCAUCACCCAGAAGCAACCACUGUAAAUCAGUUUUGGGCAUUCUCAAGAAACAAACUGGUUGCAGCUGAAGAGCAUACAACUUCAACAACAAUCCCCUUCUAUCCUGAAAGCACGCAAGUUGCAUCGCACAGAGAAGUAAAAUCUGGUGCAGCAUUACAAGGAAUCACUGACGCAAACCCAUCAUUUAGUGUCAGACUCCCAACGGCAACUAUUCAUAGCCCCAGGACUGGCAUGGAAACCACAUCUGCCAUGUCACCUUUGUUUUUGAAAUCUACCCUUUCCGCUCUUGGAACUAAGGCCUCUUCCGUUGUUUCAAGAGGGGAAAUUCCUUUGCAUAAUUUCUUUGGAAGCAAUGAUGCACAAAAGCAGCUACUGGAGAAGGAACCCAAGAUGCAAACAAGCAGAGAACCCUCACCUAGAGUAUCUGUCUUGCCUCUCCAGGCUACAGUUCUAGUACCAGCAUACACAAUAUCACCCACAUACAAAAGUGCUGUUUCAAAGACUGAGAACCAAACUGAUGAUCACCUAAUUCAACCCACCAGUGACAACAUGAUGCUAUCUUCAGCCUUUGCCUUCAAUCUUACAACUGUUCUAGGAAAAGAAACAGAUGCCACCAGUGUCCUACCAAUUCUCAUUCCAACUACUACUGUCCAUGUUAAAACUAAUGUUGUCAGAUUCAAAGCAUUAAGACCAGGCAGAAGGAGGGGUCAGAGGAGGAGAAAGCCUCUGAAAAAUCCCAUGUCUUCAUACAGAAACAUCAUUCUCAGCCAAGGUUCUGCUACAGUGUCCAAAAAACCCACGGCUUCUCCUGCUUUAACAACAGCUGAAAGCACAAGGGAAGCUGCCAGCCCCCUAACAGAUGAACUGUUUUCGAAAUCCACUAGUAUGGAUGCAAAUAGAACUACACCACGGACGCCCAGUCUUGACACAACUGACACAAUUGCAGAGAAUAAAACCACACCAGCCACUAAGGUAUUAAUAAGGAAUACCCCUACGGAAAAUACGGUCACUACUGAGCUAGCAGUGGAUAAUUUGUCUUCUGAAAAACCUGCAACUGUGAUCCCGCUCACUGUAUCGUUCUUGGGCACAGCCAGCACAAUCACAGUGAUACCAGGCACAUCCUUGGUAACACGGGCACCAGAGUCCAGCAGACUAACUCAGGCUACUACAGUGGGGAAUACUGAUAAAGAAUCAAAUCAGACUGUGGGAUGGGAAACUACCAAAAAAAGUCAAACAACAGAAGCAGCUUUUUCUCUUAAAAUUGAGAUAAGUACCCAAACUCCUACUAAUGCAAGAUACCCCAGCACACAGUCUCCUAGCCCAUUAGCACCCCAAACAACACUCAUGCCAGCUAUCACACAAACCACUGCAUCUCUCAGGCAGGGGGAAUUGUCUUGGCAGGAGGCUGCAGAAAGUGGCAAAACUUUCACGGUCAGCACAUUGGGCAGAUUUAAGUCUCCACAGAGCUCCACUCAAUAUACUCCUUUGUGGAGGAAGAAUAAGAACAAUCAUGUGAAGAAUUGGGCUGAGAAGACCAUAGACCAGGAAGUCACUACCACCAAUCAGAUAACCUUAGAUUUGUUCCACCAACACAGGGAGGCAAGACCCAGGAUAAUUGGAGGAAAACUGGCAGCAUUUACUGUCUUGGCUAAUUCAGAUGCUUUCAUCCCUUGUGAAGCCAGUGGGAACCCUCGGCCAAUAAUACACUGGACCAAGGUAUCAUCAGGGGUUGAUGCAUCAAAACACAAGCGUGAUAACAGUUUUGAGGUUCUUCCCAACGGGACUCUCUCCAUCCAGAACGUCAACAUCCAGGACCGCGGACAGUACCUCUGUGUGGCUGCCAAUCAGCAUGGCUCCGACAGGCUUCUUAUUACAUUGUCCGUGGUGACAUAUCCACCUCGAAUCCUGGAGGGAAGGUCCAAAAUUAUUACUGUUCACUCUGACAAGCCAGUAGCCCUGAAAUGCACAGCCGAAGGCCGUCCCAUUCCUACCAUAUCAUGGAUCCUCGCAAACAAAACUUACAUCUCAGAAUCUUCUAUGGGAAAUGGGGCUGUUUCUGUGCAAGCAGACGGCACGCUGGUGAUAAAGAAAGUCAGUGUUUACGAUAGAGGGAUUUACACAUGCACAGCAAGCAAUGCAGCUGGUUCAGAUACAAUGACGGUGAGGCUGCAAGUUAUUGCUGCACCACCCAUUAUACUGGAAGAGAAGAAGCAACGUGUGUUGGAGAAUAUUGGGGGAAGCUUGAAGCUGCCCUGCACUGCCAAAGGAAACCCACAGCCCUACGUUCACUGGGUUCUCUUCGAUGGAACAGAGGUGAAGCCUUUGCAGUAUAUAAAUGGCAAGUUUUUCCUUUUCCCUAAUGGAACCCUUUACAUCAGGAAUAUCAGUCCUUCUGACAGUGGGAAUUAUGAAUGCAUAGCCACCAGCUCCACUGGCUCCGAGAGGAGAGUGGUCAUCAUCCAGGUAGAACAUAGCGAUACAGUCCCCAGAAUCGCAGUUUCAUCUCAAAGACUGACUCAGCUGAAUUUUGGGGACAGGUUGCUUCUGAACUGCUCAGCUACAGGAGAGCCAAGACCCAGGAUAAUAUGGAGAUUACCUUCAAAAUCUGUUGUUGAUCAGUGGCACAGAAUGGGGAGUCGAAUCCAUGUGCAUCCCAAUGGAUCAUUGACUGUUGAAAGAGUCACAGAAAAGGAUGCUGGUGACUAUAUAUGUGUGGCUAGGAAUAAAAUGGGAGACGACUUGAUCCUAAUGAAAGUCAGUGUGACAAUGAAGCCUGCAAAAAUCGAUCAAAAGCAGUAUUUUAAGAAACUGGUGCCUUAUGGGAAAGACUUCAAAGUGGACUGCAAAGCUUCUGGGUCCCCUGAACCAGAGAUAUCUUGGAGUUUGCCAGACGGCACAAUGAUCAACAAUGUGAUGCAAGCAGAUGACAGUGGGCACAGGUCUCGUAGGUACACUCUGUUUGACAAUGGGACACUAUAUUUUAACAAGGUGGGAAUAGCUGAAGAGGGUGACUACACAUGUUACGCUCAAAACACACUUGGGAAAGAUGAAAUGAAAGUGCACAUAACAGUGCUAGCAGCGGCACCACGGAUCAAGCCGAAUUCCAAGACCUAUGCAAAAGUCAUAGCAGGAGACACUGCACUUUUCAACUGUGAAACCACUGGUCAACCUAAGCCAAACAUUUUCUGGUUGUUGCCUUCCAACGACAUGAUUUCUGCUUCCAAUCACAGGUAUUUUCUUCAUGUUAAUGGAUCCUUGUCCGUCACAAAGGUGAGGCUCAUAGAUGCUGGAGAAUACAUAUGUGUUGCUCGCAACUCUGGUGGAGAUGAUACAAGGCUUUAUAAACUUGAAGUAAUCUCUAAACCGCCUCUCAUCAAUGGGUUGUAUACAAACAAGACUGUCAUUAAAACAACAGCCAUAAAACACUCAAAGAAACAAAUAGACUGCAGAGCUGAAGGAACGCCCAUAACCCAAAUCAUGUGGAUUAUGCCUGACAAUAUUUUCCUAACAGCCCCAUACUAUGGGAGUAGAAUAACAGUACACAAAAAUGGGACUCUUGAAAUUCGUAAUGUAAGGUCUUCAGACACAGCAGAGUUUAUCUGUGUGGCACGUAACGAUGGCGGAGAAAGCAUAUUGGUGGUCCAGCUGGAAGUGUUAGAAAUGCUAAGGAGACCAAUGUUCAGAAAUCCAUUUAAUGAGAAAAUAAUAGCAAAGGCUGGGAAAACUGCCUUUUUGAACUGCUCUGUAGAUGGAAACCCGCCUCCCGAGAUAAUCUGGAUGUUACCCAACGGCACAAGGAUUUCCAAUGGUUUUAGAACACUCCAUUACUUCUUGGGGGACAAUGGCACCCUUGUCAUCUACAGUCCUUCUAAAGCAGAUGCAGGAAAGUACCGGUGUGCAGCUAAAAAUAAAGUUGGCUACAUUGAAAAGUUGAUCAUAUUAGAAGUUGGCCAGAAACCUACCAUCCUUAUCCACCCAAGAGGAACAGUAAAAAGCAUAAGUGGGGAACCGUUAUCCCUUCACUGUCUUGCUGGCGGAAACCCCAAGCCAAACAUAAUAUGGACAGUCCCCAAUGGACACGUCCUAGACUGGCCUCAGAUUAAUGGGAGAUAUACGUUACUGGAAAAUGGCACCCUCAUUAUCAGAGAAACCACCAUCCAUGACAGAGGAAGUUACGCAUGCAAAGCUCAGAACUACGCUGGCGAUUCAACGGUAGUUGUUUUUGUAAUGAUUGUGGCACACCCGCCACGGAUUACAAACAGACCACCAAGGAAUAUCCGCACAGUGGCUGGGGUACCAGUUCAGCUUCACUGCAUGGCACUGGGAAUACCAAAUCCAGAAAUUACAUGGGAGCUGCCUGACCACUCGUUACUUUCCACAGGCAGCAAAGGCCGGCCAUCUGGAAGCGAACUUCUCCAUCCACAAGGAACAUUAGUAAUUCAGAAUCCAAAGCUGUCAGAUGCUGGCAUAUAUAAGUGCAUGGCUAAGAACCAGCUUGGCAGCGAUUCCACAGUAACAUACGUUCAAGUUAUCUGAGACGAGAAAUGCAGCCUGAGCAAUUGAUAACAAAAGCUAAUCAGGACCCUAAGUUUGGCUUUCAAAGAUGUUUAAUCAAAAGCAGUCAGAUUCGUUAAAAUUGCCGUUCUCAGUUUACAGUUGACACAGUAACAGACAGAAAGAUUUGGAGAAAAAUUGUAUCAUGUUCCGAUAUGCAUAUUUUAAGAGGUAUUUUUAAAAUGACUUUGAAAACUUAUGGC